AUGGCCGGGUACUUCCACUUGAACGACAGUCAAUUACAUUACGACUCCCUCUCGACAGAAUUCGUCAUGGCCCCGGUACACUUGAUCCCCCGGGACCGACUGGGCCUUGGCCAGAACUUCGACAGGGAAUGUGGGUGGACGAAAAUUGCCGAGGUUGGCAAAGAUGCCCCGCGCAUUCCGCGGAAGGCCAUCACGGAGCAACUACGUACGGCAGUCGGCAGGUACGGGGUGACCUGGAGCGCGGAGCGCAUCAUGGCGGCGCUUCAGGCGUCGAAGCCUCUUCCUGAACCCCAGGGAAGCCAAAGCCAGGAGGAGUCAGGACUAGAUGAGAUCCCUAGCUUGGAUAAUCCGGAGGAUUUGAGUUUUGUGGCAGGGUUUUGUUUUGUGGCAGGACUCUGCUUGUGCCUCCCGUGGAUCGCGGGGCUGUGGCCGUGA